UUUGUAUUUGAAAUGUUUGCAAUGCUUUAGCGCUAGCUGAUAUCUUUUUAUAGUAAUUCGUGUACGUGAGUAAGGAAGAUAAACAAAAAGUGUGAAUAAAUUCAAGUAUGGGACCGGACAACAGGAAUUUGUGCAUAUUAGAUCCAAACUUUACCAUAAUAUACAUGUUUCUGGAAAAAUUUUCCGAUGCUUGUGGUAUUGACAAAUUAGGAAUAAAUGAUUUGAGUGUUAUGGUUCAGAAUAAUGAGGCAGUAGCACCUGCCUUGGAAGAGUUGCACAUUAAACUGCUUCGGAAAAUAAGAAAAUCCGUUCCUGUUGGAAAAUGGGAAAACACUUUAGCGAAAUUUGCACACACUUAUUCCAAUCAAGAUGCAUGGGAAUUGGAACGAUUUGGAUAUAAAAACACUAAUUCAGCGGUUAAACUUAGAAUUUUAAAGGUUUUACUGGAAGCACAAUUUGAUCGAAACAUCAAAUUUAAAGGAUACAUCAAUGGAUUAACCGCUGAAGAACUGCGAUCCAAACCAUUGGGUAAAGAUUCUCUCGGUAACAGCUAUUGGUGCAUUAUGGAUCGACAUUACAGCAUUAAAAUUUUUCGAGAGAACAUGGAUGAUGAAACAUGGAAUCUUGUGGCAAGUAAUCGUGAUGAAGUAAAGAUAUUAAUUGAAAAGUUUAAACAAAGUAAAACUCAAACAGUAAAUAAUGAAAUAGACGAUAAUGGAUUGAAUGGUCCUGAAACACAGUCAGAAACAGAAAUAUGUUUGAAGCACGAUGCUACUGCCUCAUCUCUUAUAUUGGAUAGGAGAACAUAUAAUAAAGAAUCGUUUAACGAAUGCUCAAACGAACGAUCACGAAUAAACAGCAAUGGAAUUAACGAGCUAUAUCCUUCCGAUAAAGCUAUAGAUGAGGAAACUGAGAGUGUCAGUGAAAACGCCUCAAACGAUCAACCGCAUUUAAUAGAAAUUAAUACAUCUAUGAUUGAAACCAAGAAAAUUUUGGAAACCAGUGGUUCAAACAUUAAAACACAGCCAAUUUUUAGUGACAUCAUUGAAGAUAAAGUUUUAUUUGUUCAAGGUCACGGAAGUGGCGCAGAUAAUGACAUGGGUAAUAUAAAAAAAGAAUGUAUGCAAAAUUCAAGAAGGUCCAGUAACAAUUCUGAAUUAAAUAGCUCUUCUGACGAUGGCGCACAAACUACUAGAAGAAAUUACAGUUCACCGGUUGUGAAAUCAAAUAUAGAUGUAUUUCACAAUGCUAACGAUCUUCCUAUCAAAAAGAAAAUUAAUAGAGGCUUACAUAUAACUAAUGAGCGCCUAGCUUUGAAUGUUGAGGAAUUCGAAGAGAAAAUGACAGCAACGACUUCAAUGAAUUGUCAUUUACACAUUUUCAAAGAAAACCUUAGCUCGAAAAAUCACCAAGACCCUUUUGAAGGAUCCCAAGCAAAGAAAGAUUGUGAUUCUCAGCGGUCUGCCCCGCAUUCAUUCGAUAGUUUACCAAAGAUAGAAACAGAAAUCUACGAUACAGAUGUAAAAAGUCACAAUAUCGCAAAAAAUAUUUCGGCGGUUGAAUCGAAUAGUACCUAUGAAUCAGUAGAUAAUGAAACUAAAAGUGAGGGUUUAUGCGAUAAUAAAAUGAGUUUUCUUAUGGACAAAGUCGAAUGUAAAGAAGAGAAAAGGCUGUUUCAAUUGGCAGAUGAGAAUCCAAUGACACAGUCUGAGCUGGUCAUAUCGCAUGUCAAAAAAAGAAGGAGAAAAUGUAAAAUGGAGGAUGAUAUAAAUACUGGGAAUAUUAUAUCAGAUACCCUAAGCUCCCAUCCUAUUCGGCAAUCUAGAAGAAUAGCCCAACAAAAAAUACGAGAAGAAACAAACCGUCGCCUAAUUGAAGAAAAAAUGCUGCGCGAAUUAAAAGCAGAAUCGUUAAAAAACAAGAAAAAACAUUCAUAUACGAAAUCGGAAGAUGAAGAGUAUGUACUAUCAGAAAUCGAAGAUAGUUCAAAUGCGUAUGUGAAAGUUAAGAAAAAAAACCGUGAUAAACCUUGGUUAACCUCAUCAUCUGAAAGCAGCAGCGAAUCCGAACUAGAGGAGGAACUGGAGCCAUCCGAUGACUGUAAACCAUGCAUUGAAUCAGAUCAUGAAUUUUCCCCGGAAUCUGACGUUGAAAAUGAAUGUGUAAUACCAACAAAGAGAGCCAGAACCGUUCGUGUUAAAGUAGACUCUAAUUCUGACAAUGACGGUAGUGAAGAUUCCAUUGUAGAGCAUUCUUGCCAAAAAUGCGGCAACACUGACCAUCCGGAAUGGAUUCUGCUGUGUGAUUCAUGCGAUAAAGGUUAUCAUUGUUCUUGUUUGAAUCCAGUAUUAUUUGUAAUACCCGAAGGAGACUGGUUUUGUCCUAUAUGUGAACAUAACAACUUAAUGGCAAAAUUGCAUGAAACGUUAUUUUUAUACGAUGAAAUAUGCAAACAGCUGGAUGCAGAAAAUGCAGCAAAACAUCAGCAAAAUGUUGAAAAAACAGACAUUAAUGACGGUGAUUAUUUGCAAUGUGAUGACAAAAUAGAAAAAUCCUGCAAAUUUUUGAAUAAAUUCAAAAAUUUGAGAAGAAAUCCGACAGAAAACAAAUUAGGUAGAAGUACAUAUUCGACAUCAAGUGAUGUAUCUUCUGAAAAUGAAUCCUUUUCGUCUGAACAUAACAAAUUAGCUUACAAGUUAAGACGAAGAAAUCAAAAUUGUUUGAACUAUUGUUUUAAUGAUUAUGACGAUUUGAUUAAUUCUGCAAUCAGGCGUGAAAAGCGUUUAAAUGAUGAUUGUCUAGAAAACUCGGCGGGUAAAAAUAUUAACAGCUUUUUAAAAUCGGAGAUAGAAAAAACUAUUUCAAGAACCUCUCCAGAUUAUCCCAACAGAGGAAAAAAAUGUGCAGUCAAUAACUUGCCCAAAAAAAGAAAACGUUUAAAUGAUUUAAAUUCCGACGAGGAUGAUGAUGGAUCAGAUGCAGAUUUUACAGAAACCACUUCGGAAGAUGACGAUGAAGAAAGUUUAUCGUUCACUGAGGAUAGUGAAAGCUCUUUGGAAAUACAAACAUCAAGAUAUUUUCGCUCUGCUGCGAAUAAAAAACAUGAUAAAGAAUUUAUCAAUGAUGACGAUGAUAGUGAUCAAAGUGGUUAUAAUGUACGAACGCGACCCAACAAAAUCAAAAAGAUAUAUAAUGAAUCAGAUGAGUUCGAAGAUGAAGAUCCUACCGAAAGUGAAGAGAUAGACAGUGAAGAUCUUUGUGAUGACACUGAAACGGAUAGCAGUCAGGAUAAACUGAAAAAAAGAAACAGAAAAAAUAACAUACAACCAUUAGAUAUAAAAAAUACUAACAAGAAAAAGAAACGAGUUAAAAAAAUUGAAGAAGACAAAUUAUUCAAGACUGGUUAUAAUAAAAAAGCAAUGGUAAUAGCAACUGAUUCUGAUCAGUCGAUAACUGAUACAGAUUUACCUAACAAGCGACGCACUCGAGGGAAGAAACUACACUACAUUCUUGAUGAAGAUUUUGAAAGUUCCGAUGAUGGUAUAACACCUGGAGUCUUGCGCCCGGAUACCCCUCCUGAAGAACGAGAACGCUUUAUUCAGAAACAGGAAGAAAUUAAAAGAAUGUUGGCAGAAAAAAAUACUGCGGCUGCUAAAGCUUUAGCGACUCCAACAAUCAGGCCACUAUCGGAAGCACUUGCUAAAAAUAAGCAAGUAUUACUUUCAACAGUACCGCAACAAGUAAUAGAUAACGCAAAAAUGCUUGAUAUUGAUUUUCUAAAAAUUCCUAAAAGCAUCGAUUCAGAUGACUUUGAUGAUGAACUGGCGGUUAAUUUUGCCGAUCCAGAUGUAAACGAAGAAGAGUUAGCAAAAAUUAUGGAGGACGAGGACUUUGCAUCGCACCAGUUAAAGUUAGAAGAAGAUGAUUUGUUAAGAAAUAAAAAUAUGACAGAGCAGUCAACAAAAAAAAAGUUAAGGGACUUCGACAGUAUUGACCCGGCAGAUGUGACAAAGGUCGACAAAAGAGGGAUUUCUCAGAUCGCCUGCGAUAAACGACAUAAAACUAACGCUGAAUCACUAUCUAUAAUGCUUGCUGGAAAACCAGAUCAUCAAAAUCAUUCUCAUCAUUUCAACACUGCUAAAAUAAGUCCGCUUGCCAGUAUGCUUAGGCCUUCAAUUGAUAGAUCAACAAGUUUAUUACAGCAAAUGAAGCAGCAAGCUAUUCCGUUACGUGAUUGUGAAGAAACUCCAAGAACAACCCAAUUAUCGUCGUUGCCCCACUCUAAUUUAUACAUGUCACUAUCAAAACCUACAACCGCGGAACGGCAGAAAAGUUCUCCUACUUUCGGGAAACCCAUACAUGGUCUUAUAGCAGAAUCAUCAGAUCGUAUGGAUUAUGCUAAUUUGCGUAGAAAAAGGCGAAAAAAAAUUACACCGCUGAGAGGCGAUUUGUACAAAAACACAGAGAGUGGAGAAGAUGCACCAAAACUGCCUCAAUAUCAUAUGUCACUAAUUACUGUUGAAAACAUGACAGCGAAGAAUUCUUCAAACAGCGUAUGUUCAAAAAUAGUAGAGACACCGCUAGACUACAGAAAAGUACACCAAGGAUCGCUAUAUAAUACACAAGCUUCGUAUAUGUUGCAAGCGAAUUAUCAAUCUGGAUUUUGCAGUUCAUCAAACGGUAAUACAUCAUUUUUUUCAUGUCCUGUACCAAAUACCAUUAGCGAGCAGUCUUCAAGCCGUUUAUUUGCAACAUUGGAACCAGUGAACGUUGAAGAUUCUACUACAGAACAUAUGGCAAUUGAAUCAGUAGGAAAUCAUGAUAUCGAAACUGAGAAAAACAGUGAAUUCAGCGGAUUGGUUAGUUAUUUUAGUUCUCAGCGAAACGAAUUAAAUGAAUGAAUACAAAAUAAAGCAAAA